AUGCGCCGUCUCACGGCUUUGGCCUUGCUGCUCUGCUUGGAGGUAGCCCGUGCGCAAGAGCUCGCCGUGGUGCGACCUUUUGCAAGCAGCCAGGAAAUCGAGGACAUGGAUGAAGCCUUUGCACUUUGGAACACGGUUUCCCCAUGUGGCGACAAAGCCCUCGCCGAAUUCGAUUUGAUUCUUGUGUAUAGCAGAAAAUUCGGUCAAAAUCCGGAUGCGCUUGCUGCAGUGGAGCGUGUCAGCACCGCCUUCCGAGAAAGAACGCAGCCGUGGCACAGGUGUUUUCGAGAAGUGCACAUCAAGGCUGCGAACUUGACGGCAGACGAGGAUGUCUACGAUUCUCGCGGCUAUGCCGUGCGCAAGGAUUGGGUGAAUGGCCCGAACAAAGUCUUUCGCUACAUUCUGCGCAGCUUUCUGGACAGCACACUCGCCCCUGCUGAUUACGAUGCCUUCUUCUUCAUGGAAUUUGACUCGGUGCCACUGCGAAGCCUCUGGUUGGACCAGCUUUAUGCAGAGGUCGUGAUUUAUCCCCGGGCUGCCAUCCGCGGUAGCCGCUACCGCGGUGAUUCGUGGGAUCCUUUCUUAGAUGAAAUCUCGGCCGAGUUGCUCCAGCACCUCAAUGGCAACGCCAUCUACUUCAAGCAUCCGUGGCUAGAGUUCCUAGCAGAUCAACUGGAGGAAGAUGAAGCCAAAGGUAACGCCAGUACGGCCUUCGACGUACGCAUGGCGGCCUUGACUCUACAGGCGUCUCUGGAAGCGGCAGACAAUGCCACUACGUACCUGGCUGACGCAUGGAAGCAACACGUUCCAGAAGGAGAGCAGCCCUAUCGGGAUGACUCUCUGUUGGUUGGAAACUAUGCCAACACGUUGCUGAACAGAAGCUUUGAUCCCGGUGAACUUGUGCGUCAUGCGGCUCGGAACAACCUGUUGCGCAAUAUCAACCAAUCUCAGCUCACUUUAGCCGUGAUCGCCUAUGAUGAUUGGUCGGAGUCUAAGCUCCUACAGAGCCUGAAGGUGACACAUCAUCCUUUCCGAAACGUCGUGAUUUUGGCUGACGGGAACGGAGAGAGCACCACGGAGAUUGAGACUCCCGGAGGUCCCUCGCUCUUGCAAGAGAAGGAUUGGGCAGGAGCAUCGGAUCAGGUGCUUUGCGAUGCUGCAGCGGCAGUUACCACAGAGAAAUUUGUGUUUACCGACACGUAUCAUUUCAUUUCAGGGCCAGUGCAGCUUUUGGUGGACGAUGACGGGCAUCCUGUCCUGCCGUACAUACCGUCUUUGUCGGUCUACUGCACGCAGCAGCGGGAGUGCUCGUCAGCCUUGGAUCAGGCUGAAUCAUUCUUUGGAGUCGAGCUGCUUCAUCACCAUGACACCUAUGAAACGGUCUUCGUGACUGACGAUGUCAAGACUUUCUGUCAGACGUGGGACGUGGCAGCCGCCACUCUUGGAAGCUACGAGAACUGCGACUACCUGCUCGGCCCAACGGCAGAUGACUACAUUGCUUGGUUAAUCUCUACGAAGAGGCCGUUCAGGUAUACGCCGAAGAACAAGGAGCGGGUCGGUUGGAGACCGUGGACCUCGCUUUGGACUCCGCCUCCGCUGGACGAGCGCGACUGCAGCCUCUACCGGGAAGGUGAGUAUUUGGCCCGGCUCGCGAGCAUCGAUGCUCCUCGUCCCGACGCAGCCGUUGUGUCCGAGAUUGGCUCCAGGGGAGAAUGGCAGGAGUUUCAGAACACAAGGGAAUGCAGCUUCUUCAUUCAGAAUGCCAGCGCCUGCGACUUCAGCCCGAACUGCACCUUCCGACCUCUCUUUGAGUCUGGUAAAUGCAUGCAGACAAGGCAGUUCGCAUUGUUGCCUCGCCCUCCGAGUCCAUUUACAUGGCCUUCCACCACAACGCUCUCAGCGACCAGGUAUACAAGUACAGACACAGCAACUGCAACUGCCACUACCACCUCUUCAACAAGCGUGUCAAGAACAGCUUCUUUCACAACUUCCACAUCCACCACCACCAGCUCUUGGACGUGGGUGCCUACAAGUACUGCCACGUCGUCAACGACUAUCCUUCCCACUGCCACAUGCCAGGUACCGGACAUUGCAGGAGCCGAGGCGUGCUCCUCACUUCAGCCUGGAGAUACUUGCCAAGUACUUUGCCCUGUGGGCUAUGAGGGGGAGCCUUCUGAGUACACCUGCUUAGAGAACCUGACAUUCGCUGGCCAGCAGCCGGAAUGCAUCAGGACAACGACCUCAACCACAGAAGAAGGCGACCGUCGAUGUUCGAUGGGUCUUCCGAUGGCUCCCGGCGCUGACGUCAGCGAUUGCUUCGGCAUCGCCGCAGGGGCAACUUGCACAGCCCGCUGCUCUGGCAGCUUCUCGGGCACUCCGGUGCAGUAUUCCUGCGCUUCAGACGGAGUCUUUCGACCCACUGAGGCUGGCUUGGAAUGCCAGGAGAGGUUCUGCGACACUUCUCAACUUCCGAGCGGCUACGACGUCUCUUCCUGUGCGCAGACAUCUGUUGGGGAGGUAUGCUUCGUGAGAUGUCCAGACGGAUAUCUUCCAGCAGAGUCGCUGCAUGUAUGUGGAGCAGAUGGUCUAUUCCUAGGCUUUGCACCAACUUGCGAACGCGCAGACUGCAGCUUGGAUCUGGCGACGAAGGCAGCGGACAUUAGCAGAAACUUCUCUGACUGCUCUGGCAUCGUGGCCGGGAGUGACUGUAUCGUCCCGUGCGCGUUUGGCCACCAGGGGAAUCCAGCAACAUACACCUGCCUUCCGGAUGGUACGCUUGCAGGACCUGGUGACCCUUGCCAGCCCAAGACCUGCGCUGUGCCCGACGCUUUGGCAGAUCCCAGUUUUGGAACAAACUGCAACGGGACCCGUCAUGGUGAAACUUGCCGGGCUGCCUGCAGCCCUGGUUUUUCGGGAUUGUCUGAGCAACUGCGGUGCGACAACGGGGUUUUGCAAGGAUCGCUGCCGAAGUGCACCGGAUUCCCUUGCUUUUUGGAGGGUGUGCGCCUGGAGCCAGGCAUGGAUGCAAGCGACUGCGCAGGGAAACGGACCUUCCAGGAGUGCUCCGUCCAGUGUGGCCGUGGAUUCUCCGGCCAAGGAAGUCCGGUGAUGAGCUGUCAGCCGGAUGGCAGAUUCACUCAACACUCCCUAGUCUGUACUCGGAGAACUUGCGGAGACUUAUCUGCCGUGCCGGGGUUCAGCGAUGCUUCCAUGUUAAACUCUUGUGCUGGUCGCGGAUUUGGUGAGGUCUGCUCUGCAUUCUGCCGCCAGGGUUGGGAGUUGCAAGGCAAUGCCACGGUCCUGGUCUGUGACGAUGCACCGGAUGACAGUGCAGGCUUCUCUGUCUACUUCGAAAGUGACGGCCGCUUCGUCCCUGCCGCUGAAGCUGACGGUCCUCUCUGCAAAGCACGUCCUUGCACAGCCAACCUCCCAAACCUGCAGGGUGUUCAGCAUGACUGUGCCGGGAAGACAACGCACGAGACCUGCACAGUGGAGGCAGCUGCAGGCUACCGCUUUGAGUCUGCCGAGGGGCUCACGGCAACAUUGGUUUGCCAGGCGAACGGCAGCUUUGUGGGUAGCAUACCUCAGAUCCUGGCCGACAGCUGUCCUGAAGUGCAGUUCGGGCCAGGAGUGGGCAGCACUUGCAUCAACGUUCCAGUCGAUGGAGAAUGCUGGGCCUAUUGUGAAAGUGGAUGGUCGGGACUACCAAGGAAGUAUCAUUGCCGGCUCUCUGCAGCUCUGGAGCUCCGGGCCUCUGAGCAGGAGAUAAACUGCACAGCUGCAAGGCGCCUGGAUGCAUCGGAACCGGGCGCCUGCUUUGACGACGGGAUAGCGACAGCCUUGUCCCUGCCAGAGCUAACGCACUCCUGCAGCGAGAUGCUUCACGGAGAUGUCUGUGUUGUUCAUUGCAGCGCAGGCUGGGAGAUGGUCGAGCAGAGUCCGACGAUCGUCACGUGCGACAAUGCCUCUUUGGUUGGAGGACCUUUGCCCCAUUGUCGCCCGAAGCAGUGCGAUUUUGGACUACCGAAUGCUUUGGGGGUGAGCUCGAACUGCAGCGGAGCAGUGACUGGCGAGCACUGCCUGGCUAUUUGCGAAGAGGGAUAUUACUCUGACUCUGAUUCUGGACAAGAACAUUUCCUCUGCACGGCUACGGGAUCUUUUGCAGGUGUGGCUCCGGAUUGCCGACGUCUCUCUUGUGCAGACCUCGAGCUGGGAGCUGACUUUCAACACAACUGUCAUGGGAAGCUCUUCGGAGAGAGCUGCGUGGUGACCUGCGCCGCGGGUUUCCAUCUUGCGGGCUGGGGAGCUUCCUUCGUCUGUGCUGGAGAUGGGAGAUUUCAGGGCCUCUUACCUCUCUGCCAAGCUGCGGUUUGUGAAAGUUUUGACGACCUGAACUUCGUGUCGACCUGCGACUCUGUGGCGACGAGUGGGAACUGCAACGUGUCAUGCGGGCCAGGGUAUGAGCAGAACUCGUCCGUUCUCACCUGCGAUGCCGCCGGCACCUUGGUGGGGCAGCUCCCCAUUUGCAAAGCAGAGGCAUGUGCAGUGGACCCGAGCCUGGAAAGCGCUUCCUACAGCCACGAUUGUCUAGCUCUUCCGUUCGGUCGCUCAUGCAGCGUAAUCUGUGCCGACGGCUAUGAGCCUGACACAGAAGAAGGGCAACAAGGGGAGCAGUGGCAGUGCAGGAUCAACGACACACACGCAUCUCACCCGACACUUACCGGGAUUCUUCCAAGCUGUCGUCCAGCAGCAUGUGAUGCUGGAUAUCCGCUACAAUCUCCGGCUACCAGGGACAACUGUACCGCGAUGCUUACAGGUCAGAUUUGUGUCCAAAGCUGUGCUACGGGAUACGUUCCCAGUGACGCGAUCGUCGACACCUUCCGCUGUAAUCCUGAUGGCGUUCUCGUUUCCAUUUCUGGAGUGGGCUUGGCUUGCCGAGUGGCCACUUGCAAGCUGAUGCCACUCGGGCCUAGCAUCGUGACCACUUGUGCUGGCGAGAUUCCAAUCAACGGCAGCUGCAACGCCUUUUGCUCUUCUGGCUUUCGAUUGGAAGGCCCGGUGCAACAGUGGAGAUGUAUGGGACCGAGCAGUGAACUCCCAGCCUUGGAUGGCAGUGACCAGGACGUUGCGCUGCGAGGACACCUCCCAGCCUGCGUGCCAGACGUCUGCGCCUACAACAUCCCGUGGGAGAUCGAUUUUGACCACAACUGUUCAUCAGUACCGACUGGCUCCUUCUGUUUGGUUGGCUGCCCUGGCAAUGGUAACAGUAGCUUGCUGCGCUGCGCCGAAGAUGGCUCAUUACAAGGCGCUUGGCCUCUUUGCAACGAGGUGACACGGAGUUCCAGCGAAACCACCACCAGAACGCAGACGACGACUACACGGGUCAUCAUCCUUGUCGGAAGGCUGACGGUCCAAACGAAUUCUCCAGACGACCUCGGAGAUCCGCAGGUCGAAGCAGGUCUGAGACGUGCACUGGCUCAAGUACUCGAAGUGAGUCCCGAAGAUCUGGAGCUCGCUGUUCAAGCAGUUCAGGGCAGCGCUGACCUCGCGGAGGUUCAGUUCAGUUCUGCCACAGCACCAACCAUGGUGCAGCUGCAAGAACCCCAGAGAACAACCUUCGCAGAGGUCGGAAGAGCUUUCGCCACGGAGUUCGUGAACUACACGGAGGCUGACAUCGCUGCCGUGGGCCCCCUGGUCUUCUCGGUUCAGCUGCGAAACGAGACGCUGGAAGUGAGCAUCGCUCCGCCGGAGGCAUCGCCGGACACCUUACAGUUCACGACCACAAUGACCGCCUCAGCAGGUGUAUUGCUCCUCUGCUGUGCUUGCACGGGCUGCUUCAUCAGACAACGUUUGCGUCAGGCAGGGGAGGGCAGUGAAUGCCCAUGCUCUUGUGGCAGCGCUCAGCCAGAGUCUGGCUCCCUGCCAGAAGUUGCGAGCGAUGUGCAGACCUCCAUCGGUGAGGGUGGCUCGGAGAGCUGGGACUGGGAAGACGAAGGUGUGACGCGCACGUUGCCACCGAGCCGAGAGGUGACAGCAGGCAUUUCGUCGUUGGUCAUGUCAACCAGCGCAGGGUCAGGAUGUCCAACAAGGAGUCCCACCAUGAAGGACCUCCGUGAGGCAGCGAAUCAAGGCGACAGCUGGCUGGGAGUAGUGCUGGGAGAGCAGACUGAGGAUGCAACCGUCAAGAAGUUGGAGGCCUUGGCGCAGGGCGUGGGCUUUCAGGAGCCUUUGGCUGAAAGGCUGGCAGACGCAGGCAUCUACCUGCAGGAAGAUGAAGAUGACGAGGACGGCAUCCAAGAGUUCCGGCUGGCGCUCGAGGAUGUCGGAGUCCACUUUGAAGAGGUGCAUGUGGGGACGCAUGCAGACACCACCGCGCCGCGCGCGAAACCGGGAGUGGUUUGCAGCAGCCGGGUGAACGACCAGGAGUUGGAUGACUUCAUGGAUGAAGACCUCUUUGAGGUCUGA